AAAGCUGCCUCAUGAUCCUGAUGCUUUCACCGAGGGGCUCUUCUAUACCAAUGGAACCUUUGUUGAGAGCACUGGCUUGAGUGGGCAGAGCUUUAUCAAGCAAUGGAUCCCUGAAACUGGAGAGAUAAUCAAUACUUUCGAAACACCUGAUAGGCAGUUCGGCGAAGGUGUUGUACAACAUGAGAACUAUCUCUAUCAUGUGACAUAUAAGGCCGGCACCGGUUAUGUGGUGGAUGCAACGACGUGGGAGAUUGUGAGGAAAUGGUCGUAUAAGGGGGAGGGCUGGGGCUUGACGGUACAUCCUACCGAGCCCUGGAUAUAUAUGAGCGACGGGUCCGAAUACAUACGCAUACUCUCACCGGACACUCUGGAAGAGAUUGCACCCAGAUUACACGUAACAGAUGGCGGUAAAGGGAUCGACUAUAUUAACGAGCUCGAAUUCAUCAACGGGGAAAUAUGGGCCAACGUUUGGCAGUCUCCAUUCGUACUGCGAAUCGAUCCUACGACGGGCAAGGUGAAUUCUGUGCUAGACUUCGAGGGUAUACUUACAAGAGAGGACUACGCAAACGGCAAGCGUCCCGAUGUACUCAAUGGGAUUGCAUAUGACCCGGAUACGGGUAGAAUAUGGGUCACUGGCAAGUGGUACCCGUUCGUGUUCGAGAUCACAGUGAAGGAGUUGGCAACUACACAGUCGACAAGCACAGCUACAUCGGAGGCUGUGUCUGACGGUGGCACAGUAUCAAUCGAUAAGGAUACAGCACGGACAGUUACAACUGAUACCACAACGAGUGAUUCUACAACAGAUGAUGCUGGCGAUGCGACAACAAGUACAGAAGGAGUUACCCAAACUGUCACGGCUUCGGAGGAAGAACAGAGCAGCAGGGGCGAAAGCACAAGUGAAGAGCAGGCCAGUGUGGAUGCGGUAGAAACUAGCGAUGCAAGUGAGAGCGCUGAUCAGAGCCAAAAGGAUAAUGAUGGUGACAUCAUUCCAAACGAAAAUGGUAACGACGAGGAUGGUAAAGAUGAUACUGGAGGCGAUGCAAAAGAAGUGCAAGCUCAGAGCCAAUCGUUGACAACCCCGACCCAAAAUGACGAGGCCAGUGUUGGGGAGGAGGAUGCGAGUGCAGAGACCGGGGAUGCAGGUAACGUUGCGACAGCAGAAAACCUUUCAGAAAAGGGAAUAACUCUGGACGAUCUGGAGGGUCAAU